GCCGGAGGCUCUCAUGCAUUAGGACAGUGAAAGUCCGAUGGUUGACCGUCGCUGAGCUGUUUAAAUCUCACAAAGACAGAUACAUGGAGGUGUUAGCUUUGCUUUGUAUUGUCUCUGUGGCUUUCACAGGUUUAACCAGAGGAGCUGGUUUGUUGCCGGACGGUCCUCUCAAUGCAGCCGUAGGAGAGGAGGUGAUGUUCACUACAACACUGGCUCCAACAGAAAUUCCAUUUAUAUCAGUGGCCUGGACAUUUGGUGAUAAACCAAUAAUCACUUCCAAUGUUGAAAACUUAACUGAACCAGAGUAUGAAGGCAGGAUCACCUUCUUCACCUCUACUGGAUAUCUACAGCUCAGGAACCUGUCUUUUAAUGACAGCGGAGAAUACAGAGUAACCAUUGUACCACGUGGAGAACAACAGAAGACUGGGACCACAAGACUGGACAUAUAUGCGCCAGUCUCCAAUGUGGUGGUAGCUUCAAACACCACAGACCUGGCGGAGUUCAACAGUACUGUCCGUCUGUCCUGCUCCUCCUCUGGAUCGUCCCUCUCUGUCCUCUGGCUGAACGGCAGCUCUGAGGUUACAGAAAGUGACAGAGUUCAGCUCACUGAUGGAAACUUCACUCUCACUAUAUUGAAUGUGAGCCGCUUUGACCAGGGACCAUUCAGGUGUCAUGUGUUCAAUCCUGUAAGCAAUGGCACCAGUGAUCCAGUAAACCUCUCCAUCAGCUUGUCAGUCUCCAAUGUGGUGGUAGCUUCAAACACCACAGACCUGGCGGAGUUCAACAGUACUGUCCGUCUGUCCUGCUCCUCCUCUGGAUCGUCCCUCUCUGUCCUCUGGCUGAACGGCAGCUCUGAGGUUACAGAAAGUGACAGAGUUCAGCUCACUGAUGGAAACUUCACUCUCACUAUAUUGAAUGUGAGCCGCUUUGACCAGGGACCAUUCAGGUGUCAUGUGUUCAAUCCUGUAAGCAAUGGCACCAGUGAUCCAGUAAACCUCUCCAUCAGCUAUGGCCCAGAAAAUAUAAAUUUGACAAAAUCUCCGUCACAAGAAUACUUUGAGGAAGGAACAGACAUCAGCCUGAUCUGCUCAGCUGUCUCCAGACCUGCUGCCCUGUUUUACUGGUUUCUGAAUGGAGACAAGCUGUCUGAUACUGGAUCAGAGCUCAGACUGAUGAACAUUCAGAUCAGUCAUAGUGGUAACUACAGCUGUCAGGCCUUUAACCCAAGAACUCUGAGAGAUGAAACAUCUCAGCCUUCAGUUGUGUCUGUUCUGGAGAGAAUAUCAGGUUCUUCUGUCACACCAUCAACAAACCUGCCGAUUGAGGGGAAGUCCGUCAACCUUAGCUGUGAGGCUGCCGGCUCUGGCUCUAGAAUGUGGAUGAAGGACGGCUCAUAUCUGAUCCUGGCCGACAACAUCGCACUUUACGACAACAACAGAGUGCUGUCGUUUCGCCCUCUGACUAAAACAGACAGCGGAGAAUAUUCCUGUAAUAUCAGCAACCCUGUCAGCAGUGAUGGAGCUAGUUACAACAUGGUUGUUAACUAUGGACCAGAAAAUGUUCAGAUCGCAGGUCCAAGUGAGAUACGUGUUGGCGAGACCUUAACAUUAACCUGCUCCGCUGAGUCCACACCAUCUGCUAGAUACAACUGGACACUGGACGGAGCAGAGAUCCACAAUUCUUCUGUGUUCACUAAAGACAACACUGGACUUUCUGACAGCAGCAACUACACCUGUCACGCCAUGAAUAAUAUAACUGGGAGAACGUCAUCAGCGGUGCAUGAAUUGUCUGUAACAGCCAUCCCAGCCCAAACAUCAGGCUGUUCGGCUGGUUGCAUCGCUGGAAUCGUGGUCGCAUGUGUAGUCGUCUGUGCAGCAGCUGCUGCUGCUGGCGGAGGGUAUUACAUUUAUACAAGAAAAAAACGGGCGAAAAGUACGGGAGAUGAAGGCCAGGAUAACACAGCAUACUCAGGAAGUCAGGAGCUGAACUAUGCAGAUUUGAUGUCUUUCCAGAGCAAAGAUGGUGUGACAGUCCAGCUGGGCUCACAGAAUAACUCAUCGAAAGACGCUCGGGACAGAGUGGACAACAGUCGUCCUGCAACGUCCUCACCUCCUACCUAUGAUGUCCACAUGCAGCGAAUGAGGUCCGCUGCUCAGCCUGAUGCUAAUGGUGCACAAAUUUACGCUCAAAUUCGCAAUAGCUGACCACAUUGGACAUGAUGAAUUGGCGUAGAUUGGAGGCCAGAAGCAGCUGGCGUGUGGUCAGAAAAAAAUUGCACUUCCCUCUCAGAUACGUAGGACUUAUUUGGAACUGAGUUUACUUACUCAUAACUUUAACGGUGGUUAAUAAUCAACCAGUUCAUGAUAGCUGUUGUCAUGGCUGAGGUUAGAAGGCACAAUGUGUCAAUGUUAGUUUGCAUAAACUACAUGUAAUUGCUUUCCUAUCCCUUUGUCUGUACAGUCAGUGAAAAAUUCGAAUAUCUGAGUGGAAAUAUUCUCUUUAUGUGAUUCAGUUGUUUGUUGGAGCCUUACUGUUUGACACUGGUGUGGUGUUAUAUUUGACUCCACAUGUAUGCUGGGUGAUUUCAGUUGAGAUUCCAGUUUGCAGCUUGUCAGUUAUGGAUUAAUUUUGUAUUUGUUUUGUAUAUUAUAAAAUGAAAAAUAUCAGAUGUUUAACUACUUUGGUACUUUAGGUGUUUUCAGGACGUGGAUACUCCUUGACAUCAAGGGAGCUUGUUCAGUUUGUCAUUAUAAUACUGAACUAUUCUGAUCUUACAAUCGAUUGUUCCAAAGGAGCAGUGUAAAGAUCAUCAGAGAUAUGCAUCUUUGUAAUAUGAUUUCAAUAUGAUGGCAAAGUUUAGCUGCAUUAUCCCACAAACAGGAGGUCUGUAGGCACAGCAAUGCAAAAUGCUAGCAUGCAAAACUAAGCUGUAACAAGGGAUUUCUCCCCAGCUCCAUGUGAACCACUGAAGAAAUGUUAACAGAAGUUAUAGGAAUCUCCAUGAGGUGUCCAGUGGGUAUUUGUUGGAUAUUUACAGGUACAAUAGAUUUCAUAAAUCUUAAAGCCCUUCCAACAUGCAUUUGGAAACUGUGGCCUGUCAGAAAUAUGUCCCUCUUUUUCCUCAAAGUGAUAACAAGAGUAAUUUAGGACAUGCUUACAGUAAAUGUCAAAGUUGCUGCGUUAUAGCAUGAUGUUUUGAUAAGAUGCUUCCUCUGUGCCAACAAGAAGGUCAUUUUAAUUAGUGCCAGUAAACAAGAGACAUUGCAACAAACACCGCUUGUGCGUCACACCUGUACUGAACUUUAUGAAGACAUUUGUCAAUUAUGCCAUGUUGUUUACUGUGUCAAUCUCCUGAGGCAUUAGAUGCAUGUUUGCACUGAUAUUUUUCUGUUCAUAAAUGAUAAAAGUAGUCAUGUUUGAUAUAAUGCACUCUGUACUGGGACCACCGGAGCUGCAUAGAGUUUCUCAUGCUAUGCUCGUCCAAAACAGUUAAUUUCCCAGCAGGUAGUAUUGUGUCAUCAAUACUACCUGCUGCAUCAAUGCAGGUGCUGCAUUGUUGCCAAGGAAGUCACAUUUAAACCUGCAAUAACAGAUUUUUUUUAAUGUCCUUUUAAUACUCCAAACCAAUAUUUACUCUCGUUUAGCUUUGUUUUUGGUCUCUACUAACUCUUGAGGGAAAUAUCUGGUAAUUUAUUAACCCCAGUUUAACCCUCUAAUGUAUUCGCAUGCAUUCGGGUCAAAUAGGUAACCGUCAGUUUCUCUAAAAGGUAAUCAUCUGCCGAUGAUUGAAAAAUCCUGCUAAAUGCUCCACUGUGUUCGCCAGCUGUGAGCAAGGCAUGUCUACAAGUUGGCAUGUAGGCAAUAUGUACGAUAUAAGAAUUUUGAUUACAGCUGUUUUAUGCAGACAGAUGCGGAACGGAUACAAUGGAUUUGAUGUCACUGUAAACAACAAAUGCAUGAAAUAACAAGUGUGGCAAGUGACACGCGUUUUUCUGUGUUGUAAAGUCUUAUUUAAAGAGUGAAGGCAAACACAUUUGUCACAUUAACUCAGCCAGAUCAAUGCCAUUCUCCUUUGAGACUGCUGACAAGCACUAGAAUAAUCUCCUCUGAAUAAAGGCCAAGAGCAAGGGUCAGGAAUCAAGGUUAUACCGUUUUACAGAACAUUUCAUUGAUUCUGACUGCAAAUUCCACCUUAGGUAUAGCUUCUUUUGAAUGAAGUCGAACCAAGCUAGUGAGUCUGGGUGUUUGGCCAGAAUUCCCCUCCUCCAUCAGUUAACCAUUAGUAAAGAUCAAACUGCCUGUGAGUUUUUCUCCUGCAUGGAAGGGGAGUACUGUUUUAAAAACUUUCCCACACCUUCAUCACUAAGAAGUGGAAUCCCUGAAUUUUUUACCUUAAACUAAAAUUUUUCCAUUAUUGUUCAAUUUCAUUGUUUCAUUCAUUUUACGCAUUCAUGGUGAUAAGGGAAUUUUUCAUGUGAUUUUAAGGCAGUAAUCACUGGAUAACUGAAUGGAUUGUAAUAUAUAUAUAUUAUAUAUUGUAAUAUAUGCAAUAUUGAUCAUGAAAACAUCCCUUAAUUUAUACCUGAUUAAGCCUUAAUCUUUCAGGUUAGGUGAAAAUAGAGGCAUAGGUGUCAUGGUUCUUGGACAGUUUUUUGCUCUGAUUUUUAUCUCACACACAAAAUCCAUUAAUUUAUCCAUUAUUAUUCCCAUAAUUGGGAUGAACCCCCGGAUUUGCCCAAAAAAUCAAAAAUUAAGUUCCCUUUAAGAUAACUUAAAAACCCUUAAACCAUGUAUAUCAAUUAAAAUGCCUUAAGAUAUUGUAUCUCUUAAUUUGCCCAUUAAUUAAUCCCACAUUUGCAGCAUACAUAGCUUAACACUGUUUGAAAUAUGUUCUCAGGGCUUAAUUAACAAGUAAUUCAUGGUAUUUCAAGAGAAUCUUGUUUCAUACUGAAUUGGGUUGUAUGACUUGUUUAUCAUUAACCUCUAUUCGCUUUCGUUUUUGUUUAACCGUUUAGCUUUUUCAUUAACUGUCACAUGCCACACCAAAGCGAAUGUGUGAUUAAUGUUUGGCUAAAGAAAGAAUACCGUGAAUGUAACUCUCAGGUUGGAAAUAUUGCAUUUGUAAUA